CAUGCUCGGCGAGGGAGCGGAAGAUGGCGGCGGCUGCGGUGUCCUCUGCGCGCUGGCUGAGCGUCCGCAGCAGGCUGGGCCUGCCGCUGGGCGGUGGGCGCGCGGGGCUGGGCGAACGGGCCCCGGGCUGCAGAUUGUAUUCUGGGAGUGCGACUCUCCCCAAGAUUGAAGGAACUGAUAAAACAGGAACUGAGGAAGUAGUCAUUCCAAAAAAGAAAAUUUGGGAUAAAGUAGCUGUUCUUCAGGCACUUGCAUCCACAGUAAACAGAGAUCCUACUGCUGUCCCUUACUCAUUUCAAGAUGAUCCUUACCUCAUACCAACGUCCUCUGUGGAAUCACGUUCAUUUCUGUUGGCGAAGAAGUCUGGAGAAAGUGCAGCGAAAUUUAUUAUUAAUUCAUAUCCUAAGUAUUUCCAGAAGGACAUAGCUGAACCUCAUAUACCGUGUUUAAUGCCUGAGAAUUUUGAACCUCAGAUCGAAGGUGUAAGUGAAGCUGCCCUUCAGGAAAGAAUCAAACUCAGAAAAGUCAAGGCUUCAGUGGAUAUGUUUGACCAGCUAUUGCAAGCAGGGACCACCGUGUCUCUUGAAACAACCAAUAAUCUUUUGGAUUUGUUGUGCUACUAUGGUGGCCAAGAGCCCUCAACUGAUUCUCAUUUUCAGCAAAGAGAACAGUCAGAAGAAUUGGAAGAGGCCACCGAAGAGAAUAUUGAAAAGCCUAGAAAGAAUCCAGGAAUCAUGUGGGGAGUGAAAAACCAUGCUGAGAGAAUCUUUGCUCUAAUGCCAGAGAAAAACGCACAUUCCUACUGCACGAUGAUCCGAGGCAUGGUGAAGUACCGAGCUGGUGACCAGGCACUGAAGUUAUACACAGAGUUACUAAACAACAGACUCCGUGCUGAUGUACACACUUUCAAUGCAUUGAUCGAAGCAACAGCGUUUGUGCCAAAUGAGAAAUUUGAGGACAAAUGGAAUAAUAUAUUGGAGCUGUUGAAACACAUGGUUGCACAAAAGGUGAAGCCAAAUCUUCAGACUUUCAACACCAUUCUGAAAUGUCUCCGAAGAUCUUACACAUUUGGAAGGAUUCCCGCCUUGCAGACGUUACGUGAGAUGAAAGCCAUCGGAAUAGAACCGUCGCUUGCAACCUAUCACCAUAUUAUUCAGCUGUUUUAUCAAUAUGGAGGCUCUUCAAAGACGUCAUCCCUCAUCAUCUAUGAAAUAAUGAAUGAAUUAAUGGGGAAGAGAUUUUCUCCAAAGGACCCAGAUGAUGAUAUGUUUUUUCAGUCAGCCAUGAGAGUUUGCUCAUCUCUUAGAGAUCUAGAGCUUGCUUACCAAGUACACGGCCUCCUAAACACUGGAGACAACCGGAAAUUCCUUGGACCCGAUUUUCGGCGUAAUUUCUAUUAUUCGAAGUUUUUUAAUUUGGUUUGUCUAAUGGAACAAAUUGACGUCACCUUGAAGUGGUAUAAGGACCUGAUACCUUCAGUCUUCUUUCCUCAUUCCCAAACAUUGAUAGACCUUCUGCAAGCGUUAGAUGUGGCUAAUCGACUAGAACUGAUUCCUCAGGUUUGGAAAGAUUGUAAAGAAUAUGGUCACACUUUCCGCAAUGACCUGAAGGAGGAGAUCCUGAUGCUCAUGGCCAGAGACAAGCACCCUCCCGAGCUUCAGAUGGCGUUUGCUGACUGUGCUGCGGACAUCCAGUCUACGUAUGAAAACCAGAAUGCCAGACAGACUGCUUCUGGCUGGACUGCCGUCUCUCUCAACUGCGUAGCUCUCCUGCUUCUAAGGGCUCAGAGAACCCAGGAAGCCUGGAAAAUGUUGGGGAUUUUCAAGAAGCAGAAUAAGAUUCCUAGAAACGACUUGCUGACUGAGUUCAUGGACAGUGCAAAAGCGUCCAACAGCCCUGCCCAGGCCAUGGAGGUGGUGAAGCUGGCAUCUGCCUUCAGCUUACCUGUCAGUGAGGGUCUCACCCAGAGAGUAUCAACUGAAUUUGCAAUCACCCAGGAACAGAAGGAAGCCUUGGACAGUCUAACUGCACCAAACAGUGACAGUGACAGCAGCAGUGACAGUGACAGUGACAGCGAUAGCGAUGCCAGUGAGAGCAAGUGAAAGUGGGAGUCAGCCUUACCGCAGCGCCUGGACUGCUGAACGCUGAUACGGUGGGGAGGAUCCCAACAGGUCUGGAGGAGGGUUACUGAAGGAGAGGUACCAUCACUCAGGCUGCACCCUUUGGGUAGCAGCAGCCCCCACCGCUGAGGCCUGCCACGGCGUGGUAAGGUCUACAGAUACUGCAGGAUGAGCCCUGCACGCCUGUGGGCUGGGGCAGGCCUUCUGUCAGCGUGCUGGGCCAACCUGGAUGUUAGUGAUGAGCUCCAGUGGUUUUCAUGCAGUUCCCUCCCAGUGGGGGAAUACUGAGAUGUGCAAGACUUUUAUCUUCGAAUGAAUACUGGCAUUUUGUUUGUACAAUAAUGCUUCUAACUGAAGACU